AUGACGAAGGUAUAUCCUCAAAGUGUGUUACCACCUCGCUAUCAAAAGGCGAGAAAGAAAAAAAAGAGCAAGAAUAAAAAAGAUGACAUCGGAGUACUAUCAUUGCUGGCUGCAAGCUUACGUCAUCAGACCACUGAGUUCUUCAACAAUUCUACAUUACAUGGCGUGCGGUAUAUCGCGGAAAAAGAGCGACCCUUUUGUGAGAAAUUCAUGUGGUUUAGCUUCACGGCAAUCGGCGCCGUGGCUACUUGCAUUAUAAUUGUAAGUCUGUGGGAAAAGUUUCAAACAAAUCCAACAAUUACAGGCUUGGAUACGGACUUCCACAAUUGGGAUGUACCAUUCCCGGCAGUUACUAUAUGCGAUAGGAAUCCACUGGAUGAAGAAUUACUACAGGAGUACAUUGAUAAAGCGUGGCCGGCUGGCGCUCCUGCCAACGCGACUGAGAUGCUGCAGUGGCUGGCGACACUAAGCUUCCGCUCUAUAGCAGAAAGCGCUUCAAUGUUCGUCACGCAGCACGAUCUAGUGGGCCACACCGCGGGUGAUGUCCCGGCACCUGCAUUGGAUCCCAAGGACGCUGUCUUUAGUAUUGUACAACGAUGUGAGGCUGCAUUUUACGAUUGCGAAUGGAAAGGAGACUCGGAAGAAUGUUGUGAUUUUCUAGUACCCGUCUUCACAGAAAUGGGAUUUUGUUACGCUUACAAUUCAAGGCACGCGGAGAAAUCUUGGCCUUGGCAAUCCCAGGCGCAAAGCGAACUGUUUACCGAAGCGUACAUUCACGAGACGGAUUCAAAAUGGUCCUUCAUGUUUAAUUCAUUCCGCAACACAUCUGUUAUAGAUAUCUACAUUCACUCAACUGAAGAAAUGGCAGGAUUGGAACAAAGCGCACAACUCUCUUGGGAUCAUCGAGUAGAGAAAGUUUCGUUCUCAGUCAAACACACUUACACCACGGAAGAUGCGCGACAGCUUUCCAUACGACAGAGACGUUGUAUCUUCGCUGACGAAGUCAAAUUAGAAACGUCCCCUAUAUAUACAUACUCGGCCUGUAUGCGACAAUGCCGGAUGCAAAGGAGUCGUUCAUACUGCAAAUGCGUGCCGCAUUUCUAUCCAAAAACAAAGGGGUACCGUCAAUGCUCUGUGCGGGAACUUGAGUGCAUAGCACGGCAUGCGGCCGCCAUCACUGACGUGAGCCGCUGCGCCUGCGAGCUGGGGUGCUCCCACACCGUCUACGAGGUCGAGAAGCUCACUGAAAUCGACUCAAGCAAAGGUCCAGUGGCAUCUAACGCUCUGGAGACGGAGUUUGUUUCGUGGCCAAUGGUCCGGUACAAACGCGAGGUUCUCUUCGGAUGGGUUGACUUGUUAGUAUCGUUCGGAGGUAUAGCGGGUCUCUUCUUGGGCUUCUCGUUGUUAUCUGGCGUGGAGCUCGUGUACUACUUCACUCUCCGUGCCUGCUGCGCCGCCUGGCGCGACGGGGACGCACUGCGCCGCGAGCGCGCGGAACGACUGGCGCGACCCAAGCCACCCUACAACCUCAGCCUGGUGCCUUGGUGGAAGAAGCCGCCGGAGAAACAAGACGCACGUCCUCUGCAAGUGAAGGCGAAAGACUUGCAGCCGCCGAAGUACUCCCCACCUCCGCUCUACACACAGUACCUGCCCUAAUUAA